UUGAUUUCUUCAUUAUUAUUUCCCUUUUUUUAAUUACUAUUUAAUUAUUUUAGUAUUUAUAUCCCUUGUAGCUUCAAAACGGAUUAAUUUUCAAUUACUGUGAUAGCUGACACAAAAUCACGAUUAUCGUGAGUUUUUUGCCUUCUUAGAGAGGAUACUUGUUUUAGAUGUCUCAAGACGUCUUCAAACAUAUAACCAGAAACCAGCUUCAGCGUUCACGAUCCAGGUCCUUUGAUGGUCGUCCUAAUCGAUCACCAAGUUCCUUAUUUCCAAAGAAAGAAAAUGGCUUGACACCGAUCAUGAGGUUAAAACUCUUAACCUUCUCUAGCGUUUCUAGAUACUCAUUUUCUUACAGUCCUUUAAUCAUCCGUGGAGGAAUGAACGGGUAUCUUCCGUUAGACUCGAAUACCAUUAAUUCCUCGGAGUCACUCCCUGAAACAGAGAUGCGUCGGACUGGGGAAGAACUAUUUGGAAACUAUACUAUUAGUACAAAAGCUUUGGGUGAUGAACAGGAUAGAUCUCCUUUCUCGUCCCUCCCAAAAAAGCGGCGAUCACUGGGUGAUAUAUAUUAUGUUCCCGUUCCAGGUAAACAGCAUACAUCGUCAGCUGUAAAUGGACCUUUGCAAGCUAUUGCUACAACAAAUAACACCACAUUUAGUGUUUGGUCCGCGAAUGAUUAUUUCUGCUUGCUCUUCGGCUUAGGUGGCUCAAAGUUAAAUCGGCAUAAAAUUUUUGAUAUAUUUCCCAAAGCUUUCUCUUCCUAUUUAUCUUCCUUGAUGAGUUCUUUUCCAAUUGACAAUGAAAAUGAACGCGUAUUAUUUUGUGGAGACAUAUUUCCUGUUAAAACUGUUGACGGUAUACGUGUUAUGGACUUCUGGGUGAAAGAAAAGGCGGGUAAAUUAAUAUGGAUUAUCGAAUUUGUUGAAGAGUCGUUUAUCGAAUUUCAUCUCUCUAAUAAAGACAUUGUAAUUGAUAUGAAAACCGGUGAACCACUCACCUUGGAUAUUCUACCUUCUCAGUUACCAAAGACUUGGGAAGAGCGUUUGUAUAUGGGUACUCGUAUGUCAACGGGAUUAGUUUGUCCAAGCAUGAUAUUCCCGCUUUCUGGAAAUACUUAUCAAUAUACUAUAUUUCAUUAUGCGGCGGGAUUACUUUUUAUAAACAGGAAUCGGAAAAUUGUGUCUUUAAAUGAAGCUAUUUUUGAAUCCAUGCUUGGGUUCGGCGAUUUACUGACACGGGACAUUUCUAUGAUCUUUCCAGAUUUUAAUGAAAUACUGGACUUAUUGCUGGACAGUCAUUUCUUAGACCCCGGAAGAGUUGUUUCGGAAUUACAUGUUAGGCAUGCAUAUUAUCGCACAAAGUCAUAUAAUUCUUCUAUUGGUGAUCGUCCAGAGCUAGUUCAUGCUGAUGGUCAUCGCAUUAGGGUGGACUGCCAAAUUAUAUCUGUUUCUCCUGCAUCUGACUAUCCGACAGAACCGGCUUUUGGUGUGUGGCUUAUUUUUGAUUCUGUAGAUAAUCGUGCUUCUAAUUAUAUAAGCUCAAAGCGUUCGGCUGAAUUAUUGGAAAAGGCUGUUAAGUCUGAGGAUACAAACGAUCUAGGAGGUCCCGAAGAAACAAGUGAUGAAGUUUCAUUUCAAUGUGAUGGGAUAUGGGAAAAUAUUCCGCAAAAAAUAUCUAUGUAUAAUACUGUGAAGGAAUUAGGAAUCGGAGCGUAUGGGCAAGUAAAGCUGGCUAGCUAUAAAUGCCAUAAAGAGCAUGAGGUAAUUUUGAAAUCUAUUAAUAAGUCCCGGAUAUUGUUGGAUUCCUGGAUGCGAGAUAAGGAGCUUGGAACAGUACCUAUGGAAAUAAGCAUUUUGAAUUUUUUAAAAACUAAUCCACAUCCGAAUAUUGUAAAGAUGAUAUCUUUUUUUGAGGAUAACGAUAAUUAUUAUUUGAUAACAGAACCGCAAAUGCCAGGAAUUGAUCUAUUUGAUUAUAUUGAAGUAAGACCUUCAAUAUCGGAAAACGAGUGUAAAGCCAUUUUCUAUCAAAUCGCUUUAGCUAUUGGUCAUUUGCAUACUUUUGAUAUAGUACAUAGGGAUAUUAAGGACGAAAAUAUAAUUUUAGAACAAUCAGGAGUUGCGAGGCUAAUCGAUUUUGGAAGCUCAAGUCUCACUCGAAAAGGACCCUUCGAUACUUUUCGGGGAACUGUGGGUUUCGCUGCUCCUGAGUUGUUGAAAGGAGAAAAAUAUAUGGGUAAAGAACAGGAUGUUUGGGCUUUGGGUAUUUUACUUUACACAAUCGUUUACCGCGAGAACCCGUUUUACAAUAUUGAGGAAAUAUUAGACGGUGAGUUGAGGAUUCCCUUCGAGAUGUCGAAGGAAUGUGUUGAUCUUAUCUAUCGAAUGCUUGACCGAGAUGUUCAAGCCCGUAUAACUGUUGAAGAUGUUUUACAACAUGUUUGGUUUGACGAUGUUAGAACGAUCAAGUCCUCCCAUGUACCUGUGCCUUUAACUCUCUAAAACUAGUCCAUUGUUGUUAUAAAUAUUAUGUAUUAAAUGCCACUAUGAAACCCAUUAAUAAAUUUGUUUUAUGAUCAAAAAAAAAUAAAAAUAAACCUUUGUUGAUUUGUGAACUCA